AUGGAAGUGACGCGGAAGAAGGAAGAAUGGACUGAAGCCUGGGAGGCUGAGGCUGAAGCCACGAGGAAGGGCGGCGGCGAAGCUGAAGGAGCGGGUGCGGCUGGGCUGGCCUCGUGCGCCUCCGUUUCCAGCCCAGGGCUGUCACGGGAGCUGGCUGUCGGGUUUUCGGACAAAUAUGAAAAUGAGACAACCCAGCCCAGCGGUCUAGGCAGCCAAGAAGGCCAGCCGAGCUGCCGGCCAUCGGAGCUGCCUGCCCCCUGCGGCCGGGACCCUCAGGCGAGCCAGUGCGCGCACGCGCAGUGGCAGUGGCCUCCGCGGCGGCCAGGAGCGCAUGCGCCAUGGGCGAGCAAGGGAGCGGGGCGCCAGGAAAGGCCCGGCCAGAGCGACAAGGGGCACCGCAAGCGGCUGCCCCUGCGGCUGGCCCAAGCCUCCGCGAUGAAGGGCGCGACCAAGCUCAACGAACCUGUCCUCACUGAACACUGA